UCGAUAUUUAUGCAUAUUGAUCAAUUCAUUCAUAUACAUAGUUUAUUCCAUAUAGAAUGUUAUGAAAAAUGACUAUAAUAUUCAUUUGAUUAUAAGAAACUUUGAGCAUAACAACAAGUCACAUAUACAAUUUAGAUUUUUUGAUAAAUUGUACUCCAUUUUUUUAAAAAAAAUUAAAAAAAGACUCUAACUCAAACAAACAUCCUACUUUUAUCAUUGAAAUGUAAUAUAAGUAUAUAAAUAUAUACAAAUAGAUUGUAUUCUUUAAAUGAUCAUUUAAUUACAUUAAUAAUAAUAAUAAUAAUAAUGAAUAAACAAUCAUUGAAUACAAUUACACCAUUAUUAUGUAUCACAAUACAUAUAGAAAAUUAUAUUGAAUUAUAUAUACAUGAUGAUUAUUCAUUACCAAUAUUACAAUAUCGUUAUGAACAAUAUUAUAAUAAACCAUGGAAACAACCAAAAAAAUGUAUUAAAACAAAAUUAAUAUUAACUUAUACAUCAUUAAUAUUAAGAAAUGGUUCUUGGUGGCCAUAUCGUUAUGAAAAUGUAAUUCAAUAUAAAACAAUACAAAAAAUUAUUCUAUUUAAUCAACAUAAAUUACAAUUAGCUAUUGGUUUAUAUGAUGAUGAUUAUAUUGAAAAACAAUUUUUAAUUAUAACAACAAAAAAUAUUACUGAUAUUGAUAAAUUAAUUCAAUUCAUUGAUACACAAUUAUUAAUAUGGAAAUAUACAUUCAAUAAACAAAUCGAUUAUUAUCCUUAUCAAUUAUAUAAAAGAAAAUUAAUAACCAAUAAUAAAUUACAAUUAAUACCACUAAAGAAUAAAGCAUUAAAUAGAAAAGGUUUAAUUGAUAAAAACCAAAUGGUUCCAAUGACAAAUCAUGUAAUUGGAUUGAAUUCAUUAAGAAAUACUUCAUUCAAUCAAUUGAAUGAAAAGAUUAUUGAUAAAUCGAAUGAUAUAUUAGAAAUUAAUUAUAAUAAUCCACAAUCAAAUCAUCAUUAUAAUGAGCAUAAAUCAAUACUACAUACGUAUAAUAAUAUAAAUGAUCAUGAUUUACAUAAUGAUAAAAGAAUAAUUGAAGCAAUUCCAAGUACUUCAAAUAAUAAUCAUAAUCAUAAUCAUAAUAAACAUCGAAAAGAACAUAAUAUAAAAAAAGAAAGAGAAGAAAAUAAAAAAAUAAAAAAUAAAUUAUGUCAAACAGAUUCUUAUUAUAUUGAGAAUAAUAAUAUCAAAUCAUGGGAAGUUGAUAUUAAACAUUGAAUAUGAUCUCAUCUUAUACAUACAAGUAUGUAUACACAUUGAAAUGACUAGCAAAAUAAUAACAUGAACUAAAAGAAAAUGAAAUCUUUCCUUCUUUUUUCUUUUAAGAAAAACAAAACUGAUUUGGAAUAUUCUUUCUGUUGGUUGUUUUGUCUACUUGAAAAAUAAUAUUCCUCUAAUGAUUGUAUCAUUUACACAAUUAUUUCCGGAGAUUUUUAUUGAUUUGUUUGUUUCUAUGUUGUUGUUUGAAUUUUAUUCAAAGUGGGAAAAAGCAUUUGUUGUUAGUAUAAUCAAG